AUGGCCACGGGAGCGAAGGCGAUGCUGCUGUGCGCGCUGCGGCUGCUGGUGCCGGCGCUGCUCCUACUGCAGCUCUGCGUCGGCGCGAAGUUCCAUGGCGCGUCCCGUCUUGGCGGAGGCUGUGGGAAGGGUGGAGAAGCCGCCGUGAGAGGGGGCGACGGCGGGAGCAUGCCGGGCUCGUCCUGCCUUGGCGGAAGGGGCGGCGGCGGGAGUAUGCCGUGGUCGUCCUGCCUUGCCGGAGGGGCCGGCUGCGGGAGCAUGCCGGGGUCGUCCGGCCUUGGCAGAGGGGGCGGCGGCGGGAUUAUGCCGUGGUCUCGCCGACCCGGCUGCGGUUGGGUUUCCGAUGUCGUCUCCACCGUCGCUGCCGGAACGCUCUUUUGGUGGGUUUGGCUCGCCUGA